AUGUCGAAGAAUACAAUCAAUAUUUUGUGUCCAAGUGGACAUCGACGAAAAUUUCAACAAAUGACACCAAAUACGAAACUAUUGCAAGUUCUUGACGAGAUUUGUACGCAAGAAAAUUUGGAUCCAUCUGAAUGGGGUUUUAUUCAUCAACGUGUUAAAUGUGAUUUAACAAUACCGUGGCGUUUAAGUCAAAUUCCCACAAAUGCUCAAUUGGAAAUGUACAAAUUAGAUCAGCGUCGUUCACAUCAGGAUGUAACAGUUCAAUUACAGUUAACAGAUGGUACACGUUAUUCGGGAUUAUUUGAACCGGUAGUUACUCUACAAGAACUACUAGAUUGGUUUAGAGUUCAACCAGAAAGUAUAAUUGCUGCCGUUGAUAUCUCAGUUACUGAUACAAAUACUUAUCCAGUAUGCAGUUAUAUGAAUGAAGAGAUUGUUGGCGAAUAUGCACUGUCAAAUACAACAUUACGGGAACUGGGACUUACUGGAGGAACAGCAGUUAUACGUUAUCAUCAUCGUACAGUAAGUAAUGAUGAAAUCAAACGUAUCAAUAAUCAAAUUGAUGAAAAAAUUGUACGUCGACGUCAGCAACAACAAAAACAACAAACGACAGCGAUAAACAGUCAAUCUCAAAAUGCUUCAUUGUCUACAACAAAUACAUCUCAAUCACUAUCAUCUAAUUGGCAGUCUCCUUCACAACAUUCCACACUUGAAAAUACAAUGUCAACAACACGAGAACCACCUCGACCAAUCAGAAUAAAUGAUAAUAUACCUUCAAUAUUUCAAGAUCAGCCAGUAACUACGCAAAGAACAAAUCGUGGUCCACAACCAAAUCAGUCACCAACGUUAGCUCAAGCACUUGGAAUUAAUCUAUCAUUUGAUGAACGACUUGAUCAACGGCCAAGAGUUGAUUUUAGUAAUUUCAAAUUUCCAGAAUCAACAAAAGGAAAAAAUCUUUAUCAAAAUGAGUCAGCUGAUCAGCAAAAAAUUAUUCAGAAUUGGAAGCCAUGUGAUCGUCAAACACUUGUUUAUGAUUUAACAAAAAUAAAGAAGAAUAGAGACACUCGUGAUUCUGAUUUACCCGAUACUUUCUUCGAAUUAACGCCAAAUGAUUUAAGAUUAGUACUAACAGAUUUAAAACGUUUAAGUGAUCCCGAGGAGGACUUAAAAACUCGUGCAAUGCGUGAAGGUGGUGGAAAUAAAAGUUGUUAUGAACAUAUAGCAAUUCGUUUAGUUGUGAAUAAUCGUUAUAUUCUUCAGGGUUUAUUUCGUCCGACCGAACCUGUUUCUCGUUUAUAUGACUUUGUUCGCAAAAGUAUUCGUCAAGAACAAACACAAUUUUAUUUAUAUACAUCACCACCUAAAAUUGAAAUUAAAGAUCUUUUUAAAACAUUGAUUGAGUAUGAAUUAGCUCCAGCUGCAUAUGUCUAUAUUGGAACAACGAACAGUAAAAGACCAGCAACAGCUAGUGCAAGUUCAACAACAUUAAUUGAGUUAAAACCAGAAUUAAUUCAGCCAUCAUCGUUGAAAACACUUGAAUAUGCUGACAAGAUUGUAUCGCAAGAAGUAUUUGAGAAAGUGAAACAAAUAUCGGAUGAAGAUGCAGCUUUAGAUACACUUGGAGGUCUAACAAAUACUACACAACGUCCAACAAGUUCAUUAUCUAUGUCUGCUCAAUUAAGUACAUCUACACAACGUCCGCGACAGAUGGCAACAACAAAUAAUGACACUGAAAUAAAAGCAAAAUUAGCUAAAUUUUUGCCCAGUCGAAAAUGA